AUGCUGGAGCUACAACUGUCCAGCCAGUCACGAGUUGAGUAUGUGGAUGUCAUCAACAGAACCGACACCACAGCUAGGUCACCGGUCAAUGCAACAGAUUGGAAUAUGUAUUUUGAUAUGCCACAAGCGGGCUGGAAUGAACCAUUAGAAAGUGCAUCAGAGACGUUACAGCAGACACUCAUACAAUCCGGAGAAGCUACAAAUGAGACUUUAGAUUCGGCAGGACUGUCUCACCUGAUGAGACUAGAUCUACGCUAUUACCUUUCAUGGACGAAUUUUGGCGAUGUCCCAUUGGCCCAGAAGUGUCUCCGAUGGGCUAUGAGAGCACUCGCCGCGUCCAUGUCAUCCCAGUUCCGUUCUCGAAAUGAGGAGCUCUAUCACAGGGCGAAACACUUUGCACUCAGUGCAUUUGUCGCGUUUACAUUGCUCCGAUUCAAAGUAUCUAGCUUCAGACAUUCCCUCUUAGGUUCGGAAACAUCUCAAUCAGCCCCAUCGGGAUUCGCAUCCGUGGAGGAGAGAAGGAGGACCUUCUGGGUGGCUUUCUGCUUGGAUCGCUUCCUGGGCGGAUAUGAGGAAUCUCCAAUGACAAUCUAUGAUGAAACUAUAUCCGUUCGUCUUCCUUGCCCGGAGUGGAACUUCCAGACCUCUAGCGAAGUUAAUAUGGGCUUUGCACGCGAUGUGCUCAGCGGAACGAGUCCGGCUCCAUCAUCACUUUUCGCCAAGCUAGUCAUUGGAAUGGCAAUAUUCGGACAAUGUGAGAGCCUGGCUUUCUGGGCGCGGCAUGAGUGGCUCGCUGCAGCCAUAGCCAAGCAGGUUGCACUCGUAUCGCCUGAUCCAGCAAGCGUAGGCGAUGAGCCAAUUCAGCACAUGACAUCAAUGCACGUUGCCAAUGAUUAUGCCAAGACAGCGUACAAAGCCGCGAUUAGCCUGGCAGACUUAUCAAAGUCCAUGACUGGCUCAACUUUCUUCAAGGCCUAUUUAUAUCUCGCUGCUCAACCUGAACUUGGCCAGAGUCAGCAGACUGCCAAGGAAAAGUUGAUAGCAUGGCUGGAGAGCUUGAAAGAGAUACAUGGCCAAGCGAGGCAGUUUAUAGAUAGCCUCAAGCUCUGGGAUACGGUUGAUGAUAUGAGAGUGGGACGAAAGCCUCCAUCUUUAAUAGCCCAAGUAUUUGUACACGCUUGGAUGUAA